GAAACUAGGGGUAGUAAAAGAGAGGGUGCCUCUUAUCUGGAUAACGAGGAUAUUUUUUUAGCCUGCCGUACUUGGUUAAUUAAUCAAGAGCUUGGAAUGAUAUUACCAAACGAUUUCCUAAAUACUAUUAAUCAGGAGAUUUUACCUCGAUUAUUAUUAAUAAUGGAAAAGCCUAUUGCCCGCAGUAUAGCUUACUUAUGGCUCCCUAGGCUCGGCUUUUAUUGCCAUGAGACUAAGAAAGGGCUUUAUGUGGAUGGAUACGAAUGCCCUAAUGUGAUUGAGUAUUGUCAAGAGGUGUUUUUACCCUUAAUGAAGGAGCUUUUAUCAUAUAUAGUACACGUAAUGUACUUCCACGAUGAGAGCUGUUUCCAUGGAUUUGACUAUAAAAAGAGCCUCUGGCUAGCAGAUAAUCAGCAAAAAAUGCCCGGAAAGAGCAAAGGGAGGCUAAUUCACGAUUCUGAAUUUAUAGGCCCUGAGGGGCGUAUUAGGGUACCAAAUAAUAAAGGCAUUUUUAUCCCGGACGAUCCUAAUUUGGAUGCCCGUUAAAUUAUAUAUCCAGGCUCAAAUGGGGACCCCUGGUGGGAUAUAAAACAGCUACUGGUACAGAUUACUAGGACGCUCGAUAUAUUUGAACAGAAGCACCCAAACUGUAUAGCUGUUCUAAUAUUUGAUCAGUCUUCUGCACACGCUUCGCAUGGCGAAGGUGCACUAAACGCCUUUGGUAUAAAUAAGGGAUCAGGGGGGGUUGAAAAG